CCAUGGAAAGGGACGAUGGGUGAUGUUGGUGGAGGCCUUCCAUUGACAUCACGGGAAGGGGGCGAUGGGCCUCUGAGUCUUCUUCGUCCGGCGCAGCGUCUUAACCCCGAUUCUCUUUCCUGUUUUGACUCAUCUGGGCCUCCUUUGGUUUCUGGGGUUUUCUUCUUGAAGCGGGGAAAGAGAAAGAGAAAAAGAAAGAACGAGGGAGGGAGGGAGGGAGGAGAGGAGGGUGGCCUCUUUGGGUGGCCCAGAAAAGGAGAAGAGGAGACGGCCAUGGCGCCUCGGGCAGCCUGGGCUUUGGUGGCGGCAGCGCUGGCCACGUGCGCCGGGGGGAAUGUGGUUGAGGAGGGGCCCCGGGGCCUGCGCUGCUCCAAGCCCUGCUGCCACAUCCACUGCAAGAUCCAAUGCUCCUGGGAAGACCCCGGGGCCAAGAGCGGGGCCCCCGCCACCCUCCACUUCUGCCGUGGGAAGACUGGCCACGAUUGCCGGUCCUUCAAGGUGGGCCACUCCACCUCCUGGGCCGUUCUGCAGGACCACGUCUACGCCCGGGAAAACUCCACCGUCUUCGUGGAGAGGCCGGCCACGGACGGGCAGAGAAGCCUCCGGUCCGAGAUCCGGACGUAUGUGCUCAAAAUGACCGUGCGAUUCCCGCCGCUGGAAGAAAGCGAAAUCCGCUUUGGGCGCACGAACACAUCCUUGCGGCUGACCUGGCCGGAGACCUACGGGUGUGACCGGUCAGAGCAGGAGGUCCGGUUCCGGCCACAAGGAGUGGACAAUUGGACGCAGGGAAAUUGUGGCCCCGGAAAGAACGAUGGGAUCGGCAACACAGCAGAAGUGCUGUGUUUCCUGGAUGAGGACGUUCCGUACGAGGUGCAGGCCCGCCACCGGAUCUCCCACUGGAGCAGCCCUUGGAGCAAGUGGAGCGCAGCCGUGACCGUGCCACGAGCCAUCGCCAGAAGUCCGACGGUGAAUCUCACGGCGGGACGGCUGCGAGGAGAUGGGACGAGGAACGUCACUCUGGAAUGGGAGAGGCUGGGCCCUGAUUACGGAGAGGUCAACUUCACCCUGACGUUUGACCUGCUGCACUGCCGGGGGUGUGUGACCGACUGGGUGACCACAGUGAGCGGCCGGACCUCAUUCGAGGCUGACCUUUCGGGCGCCGCGUACAACAUCUCCCUGCAGGCCGCCAACAAGGCCGGAGGCGCACCGGUCAGCUCAGUUCUGCUCCCUCCGGCCCGAGAGGCAGGUCCCAUUGUGUUGAACGUCAGCGUCUCCGGCCCACGCUUCACGGCUCGCUGGCGAGCCCCGUUGGAUGCAAUCGCCUUCUGCUUUGAGAGCCAUGCGCUGGGAGAAUCCCCUCCGGAGACCCCGUGCACCGACCAGUAUUUGGAGGCCGGGAACGUCUACGAGAAUUUGGGGACGUUGCAGCCCAACCAGUGUUACCACCUGGCUGUCCACGGCGUGGCCGAAGACUCCGGCCGCUGGUCCACUUUCGAGUCCGUCCACGUUUUUCAUCGGAACGCUUCCCUGGAGGUCCCCGUGCGCCUGGAGGUGCUGAGUGCGGGGUCACAUUGGGCCCGGGUCCGCUGGGAGCCCCCCCGCGCCCUGUCCGGAUGCCCCGGGGCCGCCAAGAAGUACAUCCUCUGUUGCCGGAAAGAUGGGGAGCCCCAGACAGAGACCGCCUACUACGAGGCCAACGCUUCCAGCAGGGAGCUCACCUUCCGGGACCUGGACCCGCAGGCGGCCUACCUGGCAGGGGUGUGGGUUUCCACGGGCGAGGAGGAGGAAGAGCCCACCUGCCAGCCCCACGUCCUCUUUGCAACCCUUCCAGACUCUCAGCAGACGGCGCUGGCCUUGAGCUUCCUCUCUUUGGGGAUCUUCGUUGCCUUCCUGAUGGCAGCCGGCGGGUUUCACUUCAGCAAAAAGAGGAUCUGGGCCUCCCUGUGGCCUCCGUUGCCGGAUCCGAGUGGCACCGAAGCGGUCAAGAUCCUGCCAGCAUUGGGUCAAGGCCAGAUGCACCGUCCCUGGGUAAUGCCCUUGGAAGCCCGUGACCCCCCGGAGCCUUUCGUAGUGGUGAAAGGAGAAGGAGGAGAAGAAGGAGAAGGAGGAGACGGAGGGGGAGAAGAAAAGAGGCCCUUGGAGAAGGGUGUCCUUCUGGAAGAGGCCCCCGCUCCCCCGGAGUACAAGUCCCAGGGCCUUCCUCUCCUGGGCCCCCCCGAGGAAGAGGAAGGGGGAGAAGGGCCCCCCAAUGUGGGCAACGAGGGGCCCCAAGCGGACCUUGGCUGAAUGUGGCCCACAAACGCUUCUCUCGAUCUGUGGAACCCCCCGCCGCAGGAUCAUCAAUCUCCAGGGACUCCUGGAUGGACACUCCCCCCCUGCCUCGUUUGACCAGAAUUGUUUUUUUUUUAUGAUGAUGAGGAGAAGGAUGACUUUGUCAGCGUGGGGGUCAGGGUGCGAGCCGGGUGGGUUUCUUCAAACUCCGUCAAUCAUCUUCUCCAGCACCCUGACGAAUUGGUUGCAAUCGGCUGCCUCGCCAAUUCCUGUUCAAUGUCAGACUCAAAGACAUCUCUAGUCUAAAGUCCAAACAUUUAUUUAUUAAACAUUUAUCUAUAA